CACUGGGAGUCAGUCUGAGGUCGGACUUUAACCUGGAGGAUCCUGUUUACCUGUUCCUGCAUCGCCGUCUUCCUGCCUCAGAUGGUCUUCCCCUGCAGCACCGUGUGGAAACAGGACUGACCCGGAGCACACCUGCUGACCCACCCCUCCGCACCUGACCGUCCAAGAUGAUGGAGGAAGUGUCCGUCAUGAUGGCAUACGAUGCCCAGGCGGUGGAGCAGAUGAGCGAGGAGGAGAUCCUGGCCUGCCUGGUGGAGGAGCCGGGACCCACUUUCACCGUGCCCUCAAAGAAAGCCAAGCUGAAGGAAAGCCGGCUGCAGAUCAUGGACGAUGAGGACUGCCUGGAGAAGUACCUGAAGGAGAACGAGAGGCUGCAGCAGGCCAGCCUGCGCCUGGAGCAGGAGAACGACAACCUGGCUCACAAACUCAUCAGCAGCAAGGUCUCUCUGCGGAAGGCUCUGGACAAGACUGAAGACACUGUGGACCACUUGACCAAGGACCUGAUGCUGAUCCGGCAUCAGCUCCAGGCCACAGAGGAGGAGAAGAAACACCAGGAGGAGGAAGCCGCCAUGCUGAAGGACGUGUUCCGGAGGGAGCUGGAGAAGGCCGAGCGGGAAGUGAAGAGAUCCACAGGGAUCAUCGCCGACUACAAACAGAUCUGCUCUCAGCUGACUCACCGUCUGGAGCGGCAGCAGGUCACACACCGGCAGGAGCUGGAGUCGCUCAAGAGUGCAGUGAAGUCCUGCUCUCAUUGUGGACACGUUCUGCAGCCCGACCUCCAGCAUGAGUCGGAGGAGAGCGCCGCGGGCCCCGCAAAGGACCAGGGCACGGCGGAGUGGAAGGACACAGAGUCCACGGAAGGUGAGGGCCGGGAUAAAGCGAAGCUGAAGGCCCAGAUCAGGGAGCUGGAGCAGGAGUUGGCCUCCACCAAGCUUCAGAUGGUGGAGGCCAAAUGCAAGAUCCAGGAACUGGAGCACCAGAAGGCAGUCCUGGCCAACGACCUUCAGGAGGCCAAGAACAGUUGGAUCAGCAAGGCCUUCACCUCCCUGCGGACCUCCAGCGCCGGACCGCACAGUCACUCCGGCAAGCUUGGCGGCCUGGUUUCUGGCCGCAGCUCACUCAAGCUGCCGUGGCCUCACAGAGACCACAGAGAGAAUAUCUGACGGCCGCGCUCCGACUGGUGAGAGCGGACCUGGACCGGCCUCCUCUUCUUGUAUUUAU